UUUUCCGGGUGUCUUUGUGACACAAUACAAACAGCCAAAGUGGAUAACGUAAAGAUUGAAGAUUUGGUGGACUCCGAUCCCGAUAUCGAGUUUAUUGAAAAGGACAGCGGCAUGUCGUCGUUAGGCGGUAGCAAGGAUGAAACUCCCGAAAGAAAGACUGUGGCCACUACCAAUGAACCCACAGUAACAGAGGAAAAUUAUGAUGAUGAACCCGAUGAGACAUUGGGUGAACGCAUUAUGGGCCUGGCAGAAAUGUUCCCACAACCAUUGCGAGACUUUACUGGUGGCCUUGUUAACUUCACAACCAGCAGCAUCAAGGGCCUGUACAAGUUUUCAUGUAACGCAUCAUGGAUAUUCUUUACCAGUUCCGUGAUACUCUUUGCUCCAGUCAUAUUCGAAACAGAACGUGCCCAAAUGGAAGAAAUGCAAAAGACACAACAGAAACAGGUCCUACUGGGACCCGGAUCUGCGAUGUCAGCUGUUGGAGAAACGCCAGCAUUGCCAUUAAUACGAUAAAUUAUUUUUUAUUAAAUAAUAAUAAUAAUAAAGCAAUUAUGUUAAGACAAGUUUUCAAAAUGUAAUAGCAAUGAGAAUAUAAUACUACUUCACAACAGAACAAAAACAAAAUCACAACCAAAAACCCCACAACAACAACAAACAUCUUAAAAAAAACAAGUGUGCUAUAUUUGUAGUAAAGAGACCCGACAUCAUGUUCCCCGGGACUGGGAGAUGUGGGUGUCCGUUUCUUUUUUGGAGAAUUUUUAAACAAUGUUUAAAAUGUGCAUUAAAUUUCUUUUGCCAUUUUUCGGUAGAAUUUCGUCUGUAAUGGCAGCAUUUGUUUUUAUAUUUAAUAAAUACUAUAAAAUUUAAAAAAAAAUCUAUAAAGAAAUAAACAAAUUUAAUAAAUAUUAUAGUCGUUUAUAGAACACAAACCUAUAAACUUAGUUUGUUAAUAAUAAAUACAAAAAUUAAAAACCAAUCCAAAUCUAUUGCAUAGUCAAGUCAAUAUGAGAUAAAUAAAUAAAUACAUUACUCCGAGUAAACAGCGGUGUAAAGAAAAACAAUCAAUAACUUGUAAUAAUCAUUUUCACGAUAUCCUUCAAAAAUAGCGAAAAUUUCGAAACGUAAAUAGACGAUGUAGUAAAUUUUGCGAAAAUUAUUAACGACAAAUUUGUGAUGAAGAUUUGAACUAAAUACGAGAUUAUUCGAAUUGCUGAAGUUUAGUCCCCAUCUCCAUGGUGUGGGGGCAACAAAUGUCUUCAAAUAGCAAAGCUUAAAUAAAAUUUUAUGCAUAAAGUUUUAUAA